CCAUAUCAUGGACCUAUCAUUGUUCGAUAGACUAGCGAAACGAAUUAUAUAAAUAAUUCAUCAGGUUUCAAUUGCUAUCCUACGGUUAAAAAAUAUGCUACCACGCCGGCCGCCGGAGCACGUUGGCCAAGCGAGCGCUGCUGAAUGAAUUGUGCACUGCUGAUUCGUGGUUGGAAGCUGGCCUGGAUCACUUUAGCUCUGAUACUCGUCACUCUUGUCAGCUUUCCCAGACCCAUAUUAUGGCAGAUUUUGAAACGAAAGGAUGGAAUCGAGAUGGAAAGCGUGACAGAGGUCCAUACAAGCGUAACAGAAAAGGUGAUCGCUCAAAUCAUCCCAAACAGAAGAAAGACGAGGAAGGAUGUCUAGAGAAUGUAGAGCUUACACCAACCCUCCUAGCCUUUAAAGAAUACCAGUCUGAGCUUGAUCUUAAGCACGACAAGUAUGAAAGACUGGUGAAAGUCAGCAGAGAUAUUACAAUUGAGAGCAAGAGGAUUAUAUUCCUGCUUCACCGCAUAGAUGGAGACAGUGACAAGGUUCUUACUGAAGCAGAGACAAGGUUAAAGUCAUUGGAAGAUACACUCAUCUCUAAGGUUGCUUCUGAACUCAAGGGUGAAGACUUGCAUCAGUUUAUCAGAGCGUUUUCACCAGGACUUCAAGAGUAUAUUGAGGCUGUAUCAUUCUAUCUCUUCAUCAAAAAUGGAAGACUUCUAUCACUUGAUGAAAUCGCUACAAGACUCACAUUUUCUCUGAAAGAUGACAUCAAGCAGGUUGAAAAUAAGGAAGCAGAGAAUGCUGAUGGAGUAACGGGUCAACCAGAAGCCAGUGAUUCCACAGAGAUUCCAGAUCCGCAAGAUCCGCAAGAUCCAUUAGUGGAAUCAAAAUGUGGUAGUGACCAAAGGACAUUGUCUCUGAAACUUCCACCUCUUGAAUACAUGCUUGGACUGGCAGAUUUCACAGGGGAACUCAUGCGCAUGUGUAUAAACAUUAUCGGUAGCGGAGACCUAGAGAGACCCUUUCAGUUAGUUGAUUUCAUGAGGAACGUCAACAGAGGAUUCCAGCAACUUGGUAAUGUAGCAGGGCGCGAGAUGGUGCGCAAGUCAUCGGUGAUGAGACAGAGCUUGAAGAAAAUGGAGGAUGCCUGCUAUGUAAUCAAAGUCAGGGGAUCUGAGAUUCCCAAGCACAUGCUGAAGGAUGUUGCUUUCAGCUCAGACUUUUCUACAAGAGAUGAUGACUAUGGUCAAGAAAUGAUGGACUGAUUUAGUUUGUCUGCCUCAAGUUUGAGAAACUUAAUAAUAAAGGCUUACUUUAAAGGGAUCCCAUACUCCGAAACAAACACUGAAGGACGUUGAUUUAGCACAGGCUUCUUACAAGAAAUGAUGACUGUUCAAGAUCUGGUUUUAGAUAUUUUCAUUUGUGUCAUCAAUGAUAAUCAAGUUUCAGAAACUCCUUAAUAAAGUUAUAUAAAGCAUCAACAAUUAUGAUUAGUGAUAAUUGAUUGUCAUGAAAUAAAUGGUGGCCAUUGCAUUCAAAAUUUGUUCUUAAAUCUUAUGCUAAGCUUUGUGAUUGAUCUCUUAUAGUACAAGGCAUAUGUCUAAGUAUAUAUAUGAACAGUGAAAAAUGUGUGAUGAUCUGUGAUCGUGAAAACUAAACAUGCAGUUGAAUCAUAACCUUUUAUAUGGAGUUGCCAAUGAUUAAUAUCUUUUCUUGGAUUUCAACAUCAUUCCACCUUUUUACAGCGAUGAAUCCAACGCCAGACAAACCAAAUCUAUAACCUUACUUCCAUUGACAACCAUUGUUUGAAUCAUUUAUUUGAUCCAAUACCUUAAAUAUACAUAGGAGUCUUUCUAAAGUAUAAAAUGAAAAAUGUCUUGUGUUUAUGUAUGUUGUAUCAUUGUUAUAAAGAUUUAGAGACAAGGAAAGUAAGAUUGAUGAACCUCUUAUUAUGGGGGUGGACAACAUACAUUUUUAUUUUUGGAUAAGCUCCUGAAUUGUUAUACUCACAAAGCAAGCUGAAUGUUUAAUUUUAAACAAAAACGAAAAAUGAAUUGUGUUUUCAAGGUGUGCAGGUGGGCUCAUCUGACUAAAACUCCCUUUUACAUAAAAUUUUUAAUGAUCAUGUAUCAUCUAGUCAAAGUAAAAGAUUGACAACACUGAGUAUUUAGUAUCUUGUCACCAUGCAUAUAAAUUCUGAUUAUCUUUAAUAACUGUUUCCAAUUUACAUAAAGUUAUUUUUCAAGUAUUACCUUUGUUGUUUGAAGAUGUUAAUAUCUACAAAUAAUUGGACUUCAUUUCAGGAAUAUUAAAUGAAGGCUGAGUGAAAGAAAGUUUUCCUAAUUCAUUCUGGCUGAAAUGGUCAUUCCUCUUUUGCAUCUUAAACUGUGAAUAGUUCCUGUGUUAUGAUGUAGUGGCAAUGUAAGUUGUCUUUUUAAACUGUGUUGCUCAAAGUUUUAAAAUGUAAGUUCUUAUAAGGACUCAGUUCAUGUUGUAAGAGAAAUUUUCUUUCAGAAAUGGGCAAGAAAAUUAAAAUCAGAGAAAUUUGA